CCUUCUUCACUUUGCACGGAAUCGAUCCCACGAAUCUCUCACACACACACACACCGGCGGAGUGUACAUUUGAAUGUUGGACGGUAGCCGACCUGCUCACACACACAGACACACACAGUCCGAGUGAGUUCGAGCGGCUCGUUUCUCUUUGGACGUGAAAACCCGCUGAGACCCCGGAAGCUAGAUGACAACAUGAGACGUGUCCCGUGUUGUGGAAGCUGCUAAGCUCGUCUGGACGGUGGAGAACGUGUGGAAGGUCACCCGGAUUCAGUCCAAUGGCUUUCUGUGAUCCUGCCUGCACCUUCCUGCUGACAAGAACAUGAAGCAGGUGGAUAUUAUAAAUAAGGACGAUUUAGAUAAAGAGAGAUUUCAAGUGCAUUACGGAGCACGCAGUCCGGGCGGAGCGAAGCUGGUGGCGUCUUGCAAGAGGAAGGGUGGUCCGCAGGUGGAGGUGGGCGCCAAGCUGCACCGUAGAACGUCAGAUGUAGGCCGUGUCCGUGACCCCGGCAUGGCCAACAAAGAAAAUGAGCUGACGUGCCCUGAUGACGUGCGGGGCCUUCACUACAAUGACAUCUGUGGGCUCCCUGUGAGCUCCGCAGAGGCCUCCAAGAUGGCAGGGGCCAGCUCCAAGUACAGCGACCUUGCCGAGCUGUCAAAGGACCAUGAAGCUAUGACUCACAUCCUUUUUGGAAGGAAUCUACGACUUCAAGUAGCCAAAACACUAUGGCGAAGAAAUGCCAGCGAAUUAGUGGCCUAUUUAAUAAGAUUUCAAGAUACGGGGGUUCUGCUUGACUGCUUACCUGUCUUAACAAAAGAUCUUCAAACUGAAGCACCAUGUUUGUCAGUUGGCUGCUGUGUUGAUCUCCUGCCCCAAGUGAAAGUGAUUCUUGCCAGUAAAUACGAAGAACACAUCAUGGUGGGUUUACACUGGGUUCAAUCCGUCAUCAAGAAGUGGUGGUCAGAACUUUCAAAGAACGAGAAAAGACUGCAGGACAGUUGUUCAGAAGUCAGGAAUAUUGAAGUGAUGAAGCAGCGGCUGAAGGACGUGUGGAAGGACGGAGCUCGACUCUGUUUGAUUCCAGGAUCGACAGGAGAGCUGGCAAAGGCCAUCGAGGCUUCUCUAUCACAGCUGCCCUGACAGUCGUCGAGGAAGCGCUCUGAGGAUGUGACCACUACUGCCAGAUCAUGGCUCUGUUUCAAACUGAUAAUGACACCAGAGAAACGGGACUGGUUCAUUCUGCCAUGUCAACUCAAACCUCUUACUGGGACGGAACUUGAUCAUUCAGAUGACUCCCUCGGUGAGAGCUGGAGACUCUUAAGGAGGGCUCUGAGAGCCGUUCUGCAAAAAGAGGAAACGUAAAAUGACUGCUUCACAUUGAAGUGGACCGUCUUGUGAAGGGGCAUGUUUAGUGGACCUUAAUGAGACCCGGUGUUGCGUCGCUCUAUGAAGUGCCAAGCUCUUUGUCUCUCACUGCACCACUCUUUGCCAUGGAAUGCAAAUGCACUUGUGGAUGUAUUGAAUGCUCCGCUCUUGUUUUUUUUGAGCCUGCGUUCUCCAGAAUCAGGAACUUGAAUCUGCUACAGUCUUAAGUUAUUAGAGCUCGUUUUCAUUUUUUGCCUCUUCCGAUGACAGUUGACUGUGUAUUGUAAACUGUAAAAACAAAUGAUUCUUUUAAUCUUCUUAAAAUAAAUUUGAUAAAAAUCAAAA